GAAGAGUGAAACUGGAGCCCUCGGCGCUGGAGCGAACAAAAGCGUCCCUUGUUCGCGGGCGGCGGCACAGCAUUGGCGCAGGUUCCAAUGACUGCCUGUCGGCAAACACAGUUUUCUGAGGGAGGAAAAAGUAAAUCCGUAAUGAAUGGAGCUGAAACCUCUCAAGGACAAUGGGGGAGGGCCUGGAAAGUCGACUGGUAUUCCUUGGCGUGCGUCACCUUUCUCCUCCUAUUUGCACCCUUCAUUGUUUAUUAUUUCAUAAUGUCAUGCGACCAGUACAGUUGUUCUCUAACUAAGCCAGCCAUUGACUUGGUCACAGGGAAAGCCAGUCUCUUGGAUAUCUGGCACAAGACACCACCAUUGACUUGGAAAGCUGCAACCCUCUAUGCUUCUUGGGUAAUCUUCCAGGCAUUUUUGUACAUGCUUCCUGAUUUUUGUCACAAAUUUCUUCCUUAUUUUCGAGGAGGAGUGCAAGAAGGGGCUUUGACACCCGCUGGCACAGUACUCAAAUAUGAGAUCAAUGGACUUCAAGCCUGGCUUAUCACGCACAUACUCUGGUUUGCAAAUGUUUACCACUUCCACUGGUUCUCACCCACCAUCAUUUUUGACAACUGGAUUCCUUUCUUGUGGUGUGCAAAUAUCAUGGGCUAUUCCGUUUCCAUAUUUGUAAUGAUAAAAGCCUACUAUUUCCCCUCGAAUGCAGAAGAUCGCAAAUUCACUGGUAACUUCUUCUACGACUUCAUGAUGGGGAUUGAAUUUAAUCCUCGUUUAGGAAAGUGGUUUGAUUUCAAACUGUUCUUCAAUGGCCGCCCAGGCAUUGUAGCAUGGACUCUGAUCAACCUCUCUUAUGCAGCGAAACAACAAGAAUUAUAUGGACAAGUAACUAACUCGAUGAUACUUGUCAACGUCCUUCAGGGUAUAUAUGUUGUGGAUUUUUUCUGGAAUGAAGCUUGGUAUUUGAAAACGAUGGACAUUUGUCACGAUCAUUUUGGAUGGUACCUGGGCUGGGGAGACGCUGUUUGGCUUCCUUAUCUCUAUACACUUCAGGGAUUAUACUUGGUCUACCACCCUGUUCAUCUGGCUACAAGCAGUGCAGUUGGGAUUCUACUAUUAGGUUUAGUGAGCUACUUUAUCUUUAGAAUGAGCAAUCAUCAGAAAGAUCUCUUUCGUCGUACAAAUGGCAACUGUAAAAUCUGGGGCAGGAAGCCCAAGUACAUCGAAUGCUCCUAUAUAUCAACGGAUGGGAUCAAACACCACAGCAAGUUGUUGACAUCUGGCUUCUGGGGAGUGGCACGCCAUUUUAACUAUACAGUCGACUUGAUGGGCUCCCUGGCAUACUGUCUAUGUUGUGGUUUUGAACACAUUCUGCCUUACUUCUACAUAAUUUAUAUGACCAUUCUUCUGGUUCACCGUUGCAUCCGGGAUGAAGAUCGAUGCUCCAGCAAGUAUGGCAACAAUUGGAAGAAGUAUACCGACGAAGUACCUUACCGGCUAAUUCCUGGGCUCUUUUAAAUGCUCGACUUCUCGACUUCAAAAGGUUUAUGAACAGUAUCUUUUUAGUGCAGCAAGUUUUGAGGAUCUAAAAAGCAGCACCUUUUUGGUGCACCUGAUGAGACACGAUUCUAAUAUCUGUUAAGGUCAUUGUGCCAUUAAAAACGGUCUUAACUUUU